UCCCUCCGCCGCUUGUGCAGUCAUCGCCUCCACCCAUGGCUCCUCCUCAGUCAUCGCACUCGAGGCCCCUCGCCAGAGACAUCGAGACUCUGAGCUACGUCAACAGCAUGAUGGAGGCGUUCCGAGCUUUCGACUCGAACAACGACGGGCUGAUCACCUGCGACGAGCUCAAGGGGAUAAUGGCGUCGCUCGGGUACAACCCCACCACGGAGGAGGUGAGGGAGAUGAUGAGGCGGGGUGACGCGGACAAGGACGGCCUGCUCAGCAUGGAGGAGUUCCUGGAGAUGAACGCCGCCGAACUGGACCCGGGCGACCUUGCCGGCUUGCUCCAGACCGCCGCCGCGUUGCUGGGUCCUGCGGCGGGGGACGACGGGGAUGUGACGGCGGAGAUUCUGUUCCAGGUGCUGAGCUGCGAGGAUGGAGCGAGCCUGGAGGACUGCACGGAAAUCAUAGCUAGCUUGGACGCGGACGGUGAUGGAGCGGUCAGCUUUGAGGACUUCAAGAUCAUAGUUCAAGCUCUCCGCUAAGAAGAAUCUAUCAGACAAAUCCAUGGUUUAUAAUCCAUAUAUGGUCUAUGAUGAUCGAUAUGUCGUGAUCUCGCUGCUACGCUAUGAUUCGGGCAAUGUUACUUAACUUGGUAGGAUCAUAAAUACUUAAGGAGGUCUCGUGUUACAAUCA